AUGCCGCCGAAGCCCUGCAGAUUGCAGGCACUGGCCUCUGAACUAAAAACUGGUUUCACUGAAGCAAUGCAGGAACUUUCAAGAAUUCAGCAUGGAGAGUAUGCUCUGGAGGAGAAGGUUAAGAGCUGCCACUGUACAAUGGAAGAGAAAGUGUCAGAGAUGAAGAAUUCGCUGAACUCUUUCAAGGAGGAGCUCAGUGAUGCCAAGUCGAAGAUUGAAGUGAUCAGUGCCAAGCAAGAGGAAAUGCAACAGAAAAUUGAACAGCUGCAACAAGAGAAACGUCGGGAAUCCCGGAAAGUGAAAACUAAAAGAACACAAAAGGAUGAACACGGGUCACAAACGGUGCCUACUCCUCUACAAGGCAGUCCGUUCCGAUCGAUAAAUCUCCCAGAACCUGUACUGAUUAAUGAAGAUUUUACAAGUCUUUUGCAUCAUGCAACCUAUGAGAGAGUCUCCGAUACCAGAUCCAUGGCGGCUGGAGAAGGAAAUGUGAAAGUAGUGUCAGGCACUGGGGGGAGCAGUGCAAACCCAGAGACAGAAGACAGCCUCAAGCCUUCCUUGCCAGCUGACAUUCAGCCAAAGGGUCACCCCCCAUCGACUGUGUGGAAGCAGCCCAAGGACAGCAAAGAGUGGGGCGAUGAAUAUAUUUCUAAGGAGCACCCAGACAGAGUGAAGGAAACAGGCCAAAGCAGAUACACCUCAGUGGACAAUGUCUUAUGUGAAACUUCUUUCGCUGCCAAAAGACAGAGCAUCGCUUUGGAGCUGCUGGAGUCUGAGAGGAAAUAUGUCAUCAACCUGUCCCUGAUCCUGAAGAUCAAAGCCACAUUGCAAGGCUUAGACGUGAAGAGGAACACCAAAGAGAGAAGUUUCUUCCCCGGUUCUUUACGAUACCUGGUCCAGCAGCAUGUAGACUUACUUCACAUGCUGCAAGAGAGGGUGCUGAGUUGGCCACGUCCAGGAAUCCUGGGAGACAUAUUCCUGAAGUUAACAAACGAUGAGAACAAUUUUCUGGACUACUACAUUGCUUACUUGAGGGACCUGCCGGAAUGCAUCUCACUGAUCCAUGUGGUGAUUCUGAAGGAGGUGGAAGAAGAAAUUAAGUCUGACCUCUACAUGCUGUUCUUUCAUAUAGUCCAGCGUAUCCCCGAAUACCUUAUUCACUUACAGAACAUCCUGAAGUACACUGAGCAAGAGCACCCCGAUUACUACCUGCUCCUGGUGUGUGUGCAGCGCUUCCGCAUUUUCAUCUCGCACUACAGCCUGCUAUUACAGUGCAACGAAGACCUGCUCAUACAGAAACGGAAAAAGCUGAAGAAGUCGUCCCUGGUUAAGUUAUACAAAGGUCUGGCUUCUCAGUGUGCCAGUGCCAGCCAGGAGGUUUCUCAGACACCCAGCACAACAGCCAUUCGAGACAGCGGGAUCCACUCCGAAGAGGUGAUGCAGCCGUUCCCAGCAGCCCCCUCUUCCAGCACAACAGCCACGCAUUUGAUGCCACAGAUGAAGAAGAACCAGUCCGCAAUGAUGGAGAACAUCCAGGCUGGGAAGCCAUCGGACUGGGAAAUGGAGGCUAGAAAACACGAAAGGCCAGAAAAUAUCCUUGCUUCAUCUCAGUUCCCCGAGCAGGAGCUAAAGGCCAUGUCCAUCCCCUUGCAGGCGAUCCCGGAGAUGGACUAUGAAACUCCCCCAGCCGACCCAAUGGGAAAUGCUGAGAGAUCUGUCAGGACCUCAAUGGAGCUGCUGCAGGAUGCUAGAAGCUUUGCUCCACACUACGAAGAGUUGGACUAUGGGGGGGAAGUUUUCACCCUGCCAGGUCCCUACGAGGACGAGACCUUUCAAAACCUGGCGCUUUUCGAGAACUGCUCCCCGGCCUCCUCCGAAUCCAGCCUAGAUAUUUGCUUUUUAAGGCCUGUUAGCUUUACGGUGGAACCCGACAGGACAGAGCCCUCGGCACAGCCACUGCCGAAAAGCAGCAGCGCCUACAAGCAGGAGGCCUUUCACAGCAAAGGCAAGCAGCUGAGCAGGUCCCUGAAGGAGUUCCCCAGGAGCACUGAGGGCAUGAGCGCCAGACUCUACAGCACCAGGAGCAGCUCCAGUAGCCAGCUGCAGCACAAGCAGGAGAGAAGCAUGCAACCUCACCUGAUCUCGGCAUCAUCUAGAAGCUCCCAAAGGAGCUACUUCCCCCCGCCGAGAGGGCUGGGGGAGAAACAGAGCUUUUUGGAAGUAAGGAGGGAGCUACAUGCAGAAGACAACACCAGGUUCUGCCAGAAGGAUGACAACGAACAAACAUCCUUCAGCGAGCACAACCCGCGGCAGGAACCCAAAGGGGGCUUCCGGAGCUCCUUCCGCAAGCUCUUCAAAAAGAAAUGAGCAGCCCGGCAGGAGGUGGGCAGUGAUCUGACUGCUACAGCUCUUCCCCUGAGCCCUGAGAUAGCCGACAGAAAACAAGCCGGGGCUGCAACUUCCAGGUCCACGGCCAACACAUAGAAAAGAGCGGGGAGGUUUCCAUUGCUGACUCACAAAAGCAUCUGGCUCUCCCUAAAACAGCGGCGGGAUGCACGGUGGAUCGAAACGGAGAUUGUUAGGGGUGGGGCAAAUUGAUUUGGUGACAACAGGAACCCACUGAGCCUUCACCCAAAACCUAAACUCAACUUUCCAUCAACUCCCACCCUCAAUCAUUUUUCUCUGCCCUGCCACGUUCCUUUGAGGCCCAAAAGGAAGUGCACGUGGGAGAGGCUGCACUUGUAGGUUUUCAGACUGCCUGGAAGCGGGAAGAACUUGGCUGAACAGGAUUCCCAGCUUGAUAUUGCAGGGCUGAGAGGUUCUGAUGAGCUUCGGCUGGACCCUGGCUUUCUGAACUUCACCGUCUCUGGUGGCUCUGCUGUAACUUCCAUUUUGCAUGACUCCCUCUGAUCGUUUCAAUGCUGUAGGAACAGUUACUCUUGCUGCCCAUGUUCUUAUGAUAUGUGAUUUGUAUUUUGGCAGCCCUUAGUGAUCAUGGCCCCAUUAUGCGAGGCGCUUGGUCACAUGUGCAGUUUACAGGUCCCCUUUUAUUUGUUUGCUAUAGAAAACUCAGCCUGGGGCCUGCAUCUCAGUGUGUCUGUACAGCACCUGGCACAAUGGGGCCGUGAUCUUGGUUGAGGCUUCCAAUGCUACUAUGGUGAACAAUCGUGACUGUAUGAAAGCUCCGUACCUUCCCUGGCCUAUGCAGUAUCUCGUGAAUUAACCUGGAAUCAAUUAGUUUCAUGCAUUACCAGUUACAAGUGUUUCCUGAGGUAUGAGGAUUCUUCCCCCCCGCCCCCCAUAACGAAGCCAUGAUUUCCCCCCCCCUGCUCAUGCCAUGGCAAACCCUUAGCCUCAGAAAUGAUAGCGACACAGAAAGUUACCUUAUAUCCUUUAGUUAAAAUGAAAAACGGAACAGAAGGAAAUCUGUGCCCUUCCUGAGUGCUACACACACUGAGCUCUGGCACAAGAGCAGUUGUUUAUGUAGGUCUGUAACUCUGGAGGCAGUUUGUUUAUGGAUUUGUGUUACUCUAGCGGCUUGGAUGCCACCUGGGAUUGGACCUCGUUGUGCUCGGCCCUGUACAGAAUAAGAGACAGCUCCCUGCCCCAACAAGCUUACAAUCUAAACAGACAAGAGCAACACAUGGCAAAGGAAAGGUAUAGAACAUACAAGUAAAGCUCCCAAACCCCAGAACCAUAAGGCUGCAUGGAUCUCUUGCCAUUUCCCUGGGUACUUACACUGGAGAGGAGACUGACUAGUAUAUCGGAAUCCUCCUAUCAAAAUUACAAAUGGAGCCACGGACCUAAAAGGUGACCUGGCCCGUUCCACUGCCCCCUUGGGAUUGGGCCCCAUUGUAUGGCUGGUGCAUCUGAAAUGUGACAAGGUUGAGAUCUGGCUACAGAAAAAGAAAGGAUGACCCCUCAGAGAGACAAACCUGUUGAGUUCUUCUCAGCUUUCCCUCUAUUAGUAGAAUAAUACUUAUUUAUUUGUAGUGCCAUAGCACCUAGGAACCCUCGUCAGGGACCAGUGGAUCCCACUGUGCUUGGGGCUGUACAAACACAGAACAAAGACACGGCGUGUCCCCCAAGAGUUUACAAUCUAAGUACGAGAGAAGAAUCAAUAGAUAGAUACAGAUGGAGGAGAACACGAACAGUGCAACAGUCCUGGUCAGCAUGAUCAGCAGUGGUGUCUGCACACCAGCUGCCUAACGGUGUUUGUAGACUUCGAGGAGGACAAUGAGGUAGCUUUGUGGCUGUCUAUGGGGAGCUCCUCCCCAGUGCGAGAGGCAGCAGAGGAGAAAGCACCGAGGGGCUUGUUUGAAAAGGCAACAAGUGGGCAAUGGAGGCCGGCGUCAUGGGCCGAUCGGAGGCGGGAGUCGACAUUUCAAUAGCAAAUGAGAGAUGAGAGGCAGGUGGGGAUAAGCCUUGAAAGUGAAGACAAGUAGCUUGUGUGUGAUGCACGAGAGAAGGGGGAGCCAAUGAAGGGAUGCAAAGAGAAGGGGGAUGUGGUCAAAGUGACGGGCUAGGACACUGAUCUUCUCAGCAGCAUUCAUGGUGGAUAUGAACAAGACAAGAUGACAUUAGUCAAAGACAGAGGGAAGGAUGUUGCAUUAAUGAAGAUGUGAGAGGAGGAGAACUUGGAUGAGUUCUAGCUGUGUGGAUGGACAUGAAAGGCUGUAUCUUAAGAGAUGUUGUGCAGCAGGAAUCUACAAGAUUUAGACAUAGCCAGAAUGUGAGGAUUUAGAGAGACACCCUAUUGCAGGCCUGAGUAACAGGCAAGAUGGUGGUGCUGUCCACAGUGAUUGAGAAAGGAAGUAGGGUUUUCGGGGAGAAAUUAGGAGUUCCAUUUUAGCCAAGUUUAGCUUCAGCUGGUGGCUACACAUCCGUGAGAUGUCGUCAGAGAGACUGGACAGAUUUUAGUUUGGACAGAAGGAGGCAGUCUAAAGGAGAGAGGUGGAUCUGCAAGUCAUUGGCAUAGAGAUGACAGUUGGUUGUGUGUUUGGAUGGGAUUAUCCAGCAAAAGCUGUAGAGGGAGAAGAGAAGGGGGCCAAGGACAGAGCCCUUUGGAACACAGGGCUGGAUUAAGGAGAUUGGAGUGCAGGAGCUAAUGUUUUUUGGAGGCCUCCCAGUAUUAAUGAGAGGAAAAAGUACCAGCUUAUGACAAUCAACAAGUCACGUAUGAUACUGAAUAAACAUGAAAAGAAAAUCAAAAGACAAUGAACAGGUUAUAUAUUUCCUGGAUAAACAUGAAAACAUAAAACCUUGAGUCACAUGAAAAUGUUGCUUGUUUAAACUGACAUCUUGUGAGCUUUAAGAGCUGCAAAUUCAGUUAUUGUAUCCUCAGAUGACACUGUGCAAAGUAAAUCCCAUUCAAUUGACAUGAGAGAAAGAGCAUUAAGCUUCACUUCUACUGUAGUUGACCAAAGAUGUAUUUUUUUUUUUUUUUGGAUUAAGGAAAGCUUAGAGAACAAUUGCUCUGCUUCAGUUGGCAAUGGCUGCAAUCAAAUACCGUCUCAACACAAUGAAGAUAUUCAGGAAGACAUUACUCAAAGCAUGCAAAAAGUUGAUGAUUCCAGUAGCACUUCUCCUGCAUGUCACAGUAUCUUUUAAAUGCUGAACAAUAAAACAUUUCAGCGAAAGGACCAGGCUCUAGAUCAUUCAGGUAAGCGUUGAGCAAUGCCUGAGUGCAUGUUUGCAUCUCCUCUUCGCUUUGUUCAAGAAAAAUAAGGAAGCCAAAUUUUGCAGAUAGUUCAGCAUAACAUUCACUCCUUUUUAGUUCCCAACUUAGUUUAUUGAGGAGAACAUAAAAACAUUCAACUUCAUAUUUCCUUCUUUCUUGUAGUGUCACUUUCACCAUCUGGAAAUUUGUGUCUUACAGUACAUUUGUAUUCUGUAAGCCUUUUGCUUGCGUCUCAAAAAUGGUCAAAACUGAGACUGUAACCUUGUGACAAACUCUUGCAAGGAAGUCAGCAAAUGAACAGCAACAACAAGAUCCAGACGUGGCUUUUGCAGCUUUACACUAGUUUUGUCAAAGCUUGCUAGUAUCACAGUCUAUAAGAUAUUCAUAACUGCAGUCAGCUCAUUUCCUUGUACAACUAUUGUGCCUCUCUUCCAGUUUUACCGUUUUCCUUGGCAUUGUCUAUUGUUUCUUUCAAACAAUGUUGAAUGCCUUCAUAGUCUACUACAAUUGUUUUACAAGAUUCAGCAUGACAGGACCAUCUUGACUUCAAAACGGUUUUUAGGGCAAAGAGUUCUUUGCUCACACUCGAUAACAUUGUUGCACAGAAGCUGCCAUAUCCUGGGUGAUGCUGCAUUAAAAAAAUAGUUUCUGAACAAAACUGAAAAAGUUUAUGGCUUUCAUGCAAGAAUCAAUGCUGCAAGUUCCAACUAAGUUCAGAAAAUGAGCUGUGCAUGGCACAUACACAGCUAGUGGGCUUAGUUUUUGAUCUGAUCUUCUGAUUUUGAAGACCAUCAUACGUUCCAGACACGGUAAGAACAUAAGAGCAGCCAUACUGGGUCAGACCAAGGGUCCAUCUAGCCCAGUGUCCUCCUGUCUUCCGCCAGCAGCCAACACCAGAUGUUACUUGUGUUAUCGGAUGACUGACCUCUGCAGUUUUCAAUAGCAAUAUUGUUUAUGUCCAAUAAAAACAUCACUGUCUGGAUGAGCGACUUGAUGGUGUGGUUUUUAAUUGGUAGAAACCCAAUGAAAUGCUCAUAUGCAGCACCACGUGAGCAGUAUUG